AUGGCCGGGCGGCGAGGCUGCGCGCUGCUGGCGCUGGCCGCCUGCGUGUGUGUCCUGGGCGCCCAGGCGCAGCAGCCCGGGGCGCCCGCGGCAGGCGUGCGGCGGCGCCGGCGGCUGCAGCAGGAAGACGGCAUCUCCUUCGAGUACCACCGCUACCCGGAGCUGCGAGAGGCGCUGGUGUCCGUGUGGCUGCAGUGCACCGCCAUCAGCAGGAUCUACACGGUGGGGCGCAGCUUCGAGGGCCGGGAGCUGCUGGUCAUCGAGCUGUCCGACAGCCCCGGCGUGCACGAGCCGGGUGAGCCUGAAUUUAAAUACAUUGGGAAUAUGCACGGUAAUGAGGCUGUUGGAAGGGAACUGCUCAUUUUCCUGGCCCAGUACUUAUGCAAUGAAUACCAGAAGGGGAAUGAGACCAUCGUCAACCUGAUCCACAACACCCGAAUCCACAUCAUGCCUUCGCUGAACCCCGACGGCUUUGAGAAGGCAGCAUCCCAGCCUGGUGAGCUCAAGGAUUGGUUUGUGGGUCGAAGCAAUGCCCAGGGAAUAGAUUUGAACCGGAACUUCCCAGACUUGGAUAGGAUCGUGUAUGUCAAUGAGAAAGAAGGCGGCCCCAAUAACCAUCUGCUGAAAAACCUGAAGAAGAUUGUGGAUCAGAAUGCAAAGCUUGCUCCUGAGACCAAGGCUGUCAUUCACUGGAUUAUGGACAUCCCUUUUGUGCUCUCUGCCAAUCUCCAUGGAGGAGACCUUGUGGCCAAUUAUCCCUACGAUGAGACCAGGAGUGGAAGCGCUCAUGAAUACAGCUCCUGCCCAGAUGAUGCCAUUUUCCAAAGCGUGGCUCGGGCGUACUCCUCUUUCAACCCAGUCAUGUCUGACCCCAACCGGCCACCCUGCCGCAAGAGUGAUGAUGACAGCAGCUUUGUAGAAGGAACAACCAACGGUGGUGCCUGGUAUAGUGUGCCUGGCGGGAUGCAAGACUUCAAUUACCUCAGCAGCAACUGUUUCGAGAUCACUGUGGAGCUCAGCUGUGAAAAGUUCCCACCCGAAGAGACCCUGAAGAGCUACUGGAAGGAUAAUAAGAACGCCCUCAUUAGCUACCUCGAGCAGAUACACCGAGGAGUUAAAGGAUUUGUCCGAGACCUUCAAGGUAACCCGAUUGCCAAUGCAACCAUCUCCGUGGAAGGAAUAGAUCACGACGUUACAUCCGCGAAAGAUGGUGAUUACUGGAGAUUGCUUGUACCUGGAAACUAUAAACUUACGGCCUCAGCUCCUGGCUAUCUGGCAAUAACGAAGAAGGUAGCAGUUCCUUAUAGCCCUGCUGUUGGGGUUGAUUUUGAACUGGAGUCAUUUUCAGAAAGGAAAGAAGAGGAGAAGGAAGAGUUGAUGGAAUGGUGGAAAAUGAUGUCAGAAACUUUAAAUUUUUAGAAAAGGCUUCUAAUUAGCUGCUUUUAAUCUGUCUAUAUAAUGUAGUAUGAUGUAAUGUGGCCAUUUUAUUUUAGGUUUUGUGCAGUCAUUUAAUAUUGAUUCAUUUUUGAUCAUUUAAAUAUUAAGCAAAAUAAAUAAAUAGACUUUUAGGCAAAAAUAUAAGAACUUUAUUUCACUCUCUUAUAUAGCAUUUGUUUUCCUACAUCUGCAGAAAGGACUGUAGAAAAGAUUUAUGUAAUCUAGUCAUCUUAGACAAAUGCAAUAUUCCAGAUGUUAUUUACAAUACAGGACUUUUUGAGUAAUUUUAGCUUUUAAAAAUUAGUAGACUUAUUUUAAUGUAACUGGUGAGCCUGUCACAUAAUGAAUGCCAUUGAAAAGAUCAAUGGACGUUGCUUGGAGCUGUGAGCACUGUGUCGCAAGACUUCAGUAGUUCAGUAGAAAUUAUUAUUUGUCUAUUGUGCUGACUAGCCACAUAAGCAUGAUCUUGUUGAUGCAUUUUUGAUGGAAAAAAUACAUACAUGUUUACCAAGAGAUUUUAUGAAAGGAAUAGAGACCGACUUCUUGCUUGUACACAUAGGGGCAAUAUUAUAUUAUUCAGCCUGUUAACACUACGUAAGAAUUUAGCAUUUUCUUUUGGUUGUAGAUUGACUCAAAAUUGCAUUCUGAAUGAAUAAA